CGAAAAUUCCAAGUAGGCGUGACUUCCGGUUUUAGGUCAUGUGACCAAAUUGAAGCGGCGUGACAUGAGAUGUAAAUAAAACGUAUUUAUGUGUCUGCCACAUCAUGUAUCUAUCAAGCUGCUGAGCUAAUACCUUUUCUCCUGACCAUGGAUCCUGGGCAGCAGCUGCCUCCAUCUGAUGCCACCUCCCAGGUCAUUCCAGAAUACUUUCCAUGGGAUCUUCGAUUUCAACUUAUUGGACUCGGUUUUUCCUUUUAUGCAUCAGUCUUCCUCCUCACUCACCUCCUAUCUUCAUCACUGACCCAUACGUACAGCUCCUUGCAAGCUAAAGAAAAAGUUUUCUGGAACCUUGCAGCUACCCGCGCAGUGUUCGGCAUCCAGAGUUCAGUAGCUGGUCUCAGAGCACUUACCCAGGACUCUGGGUUGAGCCGAGACAUAGUGAUGGGGCAGGAGGAGUGGUCGUGGUUCAAUAUACUCACAUCCACAGGGUUCUUUGUCUUUGAGAAUGCAGCAUUUCACACCUACAGUUUGGUUUUUCGGUCACUUGACCUCACCCUGGCAACGCACCAUUUAUUUGCCCUGGCAGGAUAUGGAGGGGCUUCUAUGUCAGAUUCCAUGGGCCACUUUGUGCCAAUGGCAGUGCUACUGCUGGAGAUGAGCACACCAUUCACCUGCAUAUCAUGGAUGCUUCUGAAGGCCGGACGGGCCAGCAGUCUGUUUUGGAAAGCCAACCAAUGGGUGAUGAUCCACAUGUUCCAUUGUCGCAUGGUCCUCACCUACUACCUUUGGUGGUUAAGCUUUAACCACUGGGGAGACAUCAACAACCACUUCCCCCUGGCCUUACGCCUCAUCUUCUUCAUCGGCCUGGUUCUGCUCACCAUCAUCAUGAAUCCAUUUUGGACCUACAAGAAGACCAUGCAGCUGUUCAACCCUGUCGACUGGAACUUUGGCAAUAAGCCGGUACCUGGAAACAACCCCAAAGGGGAAGAGGCUGAUGUUGCUGUCAAACCUCAUGCAAGCUGAGGAGAAACAGGGAAGUUGGUUACUGCAUUUUAUAACAGGCUGCUUUACAUUUUAAGAUGAUUUACGCAUUUUUGAAAAGACUACCCAAAUCUAUCUACCUUUAUUUGAUGGUACUGGACACUCAACAUGGACUUUAAAAUACAGUGGGAGGAAAAAGUAUGUAAACCCUGUGGAAUUUAUUCAAAGUUCUGCAUAAAUUGCUCAUAAAAUGUGGUCUCAUCAUCUAAAUCACAAGAAUAAACAAACAGUCUGCUUAGACUAAUACCACAAUUAUGUUUUCAUGUUUUUAUUGAAAAUAACGUAAGCAUUCACAGAGCAGGGAAGAAAAUGUAAGUGAACCCAGUUAAUAAAUCCAAUCCCUCCUUUGGCAGCAAUAAACUCAACCAAAUGUUUCCUGUAGUUGCAGAUCAAUGAUCGGGAUGAAUUGUUUUACAAAUUUGUUGCAGUUCAGCAGGAUUCCUGUGUCGUCUGGUGUGAAUAGCUCUCUUGAGGAAUAUUGCUGAACUGCAAUAGUUCUAUAAAGAGGAAUGAUCCAGAAUGAACAUAAUGGUUGUGUACGUCUGAUCUGCAACUACAGGAAAUGUUUGGUUGAGGUUAUUGCUGCCAAAGGAGGGUUAACCAUUUAAUAAAUCCAAGGGGUUCACCUAAUCUUUCCUCCCUGUCCUGUGAAUGUUUGUUAUUUUCAAUAAAACUAUGAAAACAUAUACAGUGGACCCCCGCUAUUCGCAGGGGUUAGGGACCGGGCCGACUUGCGAAUAGCGCAAAUCCACGGCUAAUUGACGCCCAUUAUAAUUGCAUUGCAUUGUUUUUUUGUUUUUUUUAUUAUUUUUUAACCCCAAAUAAUUAUUGAAUAAGCGGGGAUAAACUGCUAGUAAAUCUGCGACUAGGUGAGUCCGCAGGUGUCCACUGUAAUGGUUUGUGCAGUAUUAGUUUAAGCAGAUUGUUUGUCUAUUCUUAUUUAGAUGAAAAUCAGACCACAUUUUCUGAGCAAAUUAUGCAGAAAAUUCCCAUUUCUAAGUGUUCAUGUGCUUUUUCCUCCCACUGUAAUUCAUGUUGUUGCACACAUUUGUUAGUUGACAGAAAAUGUUGAUCUAAAAUACAAUUGUGAGGAUCUAGUUGACAAGAAAAUAUGAAAGAGUGUUUUAAUUUUUUAAGUGCACAGAGAACCUGUUAACUGCUACAGUGGACCUCCGCUAAUCAAAGCCUGCGGCGGCCGCCACCAGGGACCGCUGUAAGUCGCCCCUCUGCGGGCCUCAUCAAUAAAAACUAGUGAUCCCAUUCCAGAAGCAGCCAAGCAAGCCCAAGCCAUGACAUUACCUCCACCAAGGUUCACAGAUGUGCUUGUGUGUUUUGGAUCAUAAGCAGAUCCUUUCUUUCUCCAUACUUUGGCCUUUCCAUCACUCUGGUAGAGGUUAAUCUUGGUCUCAUCAGUCCAUAAAACUUUGUUCCAAAC